GUCUUUGAUUGUUGUUUAAAUUUAUAGUUAAAUAUGCUGCUGCUCCUCAUGGUCAUGAUGCCACUCCUGCCGUAUAUCUCCGCCUAUAACUACUGCCAUAAUAAAAGCCAUUUCUGCAUGGCGGCCAACACGCAACACUUCAUGUGCCGCCUGGAUGCCGAGCUGCCGUCCGUUGCCACUUAUAGGGGCACCAUACCAGACACCAAGGGCCUUCAGGGGAUCAUACUCCAUUUGUUAAACACCUACAGGGACAAGGUGGCCAGCGGGGAUCUGAAAACGCGCAAAAAUAAGGCAUACCCCGGUGCCAAGCGAAUGCGUCAGCUCAUCUGGGAUCUGGAACUGGGCUACAUGGCCCGCAGCCAUGCCGCCACGGUGUCGUUCAAGCACUCCGAGUGCCGAGCCACUCAGCGCUUUCCUAUGGCUGGCGAGGCGCUGGGCGUUGUGGGCGCCACAACCGAUCGCCGCAGCAUGAACGAGAUAUUAAAGUUGUCCCUCGAUCGCAUGUUCUACGAACACUUGAACGUGGAGGAUCCCGAGUCGCUCGUCUCCUACUUCGAUGCCAGCAUACACAUGGACGCCGGGCACUUUUGUGUGAUCAUCAGUGAUCGCGUGUCGCGUGUGGGCUGUGGCAUUGCUGUGGCCACAGACUGUGGCCACGAUGAGCCCACGGGACAUUGCCACUUUCUCACCUGCCACUUUGACUUUACCAAUAUCCACGGCUCGUAUGUGUACCUGGAGGGAACACCGGCCAGCGACUGCCAGAUCUGGGGCACGGAGCCCAGCAAGCAAUAUUAUCAUCUGUGUGGCAACGAUGGUAGCAUAUUCGCACAGGACCAUGGCGAUGAUGACUUGAGCAAUAAAACAAGAGUCUUGGGUGUUUAAUGCCACAUAUAUUCGGUAAUCGGUAUUCUUUAUGCUAUGAUUUGUUGCCUUGUUGCAGGAGUACCAAAGCGCUCAAGCGUUACAUUCGAAAUACAAUUUGUAUACACGAUCCUACGAUCCAUUUUGAAUAGAACUAACAUUGACCAGGCC